GAGAUUCAAGCAACCGGUUCCCCAUUCCUAACCAUUGUGUCCUCAGCACAAGAACGAAAUAAAAUAACGAAUAUCAAAACAAAGAGAAAAUCUCCAGGACAGUCCGACUGUUCUAAAGUCUGAGUCCUUGACCUGAUCUCCAUUUGGAGAUGACAUGAAGAGCCACAACUAGCAAGCAUGUGCCUAUAUCAUCCCUCAGAAGUGGGGAAGCAGAGGCAGAAAGUAGGGAUACAAGAUAUGGAAAUAAUCAGGCCACUCAACAGCAAUGGAAAACCAAUACCAGAGGACAGGGGCUAACAGCGCUGCUCGGCUGGACUCUAUUUUAAGUGCUUCUUCCCACAUAGCAACAGAGCUCCCUCUCACAGCCACGCCAUGAGUGGCUGUUAUUACUAACUGCAUUUUACAGAUGAAGAAACUGAGACAGAAGGAGUUCAGGGCCAAGAUCCUAUGGCUUGGACGGUCAAGGCCCCUGUGGAUUUGGACAUAUACCAAAGCUCCUACAUGAUCGACUACAAACCCUAUGGGAAACACAAAUACGCCAGGGUCACAUCAGAAGAGCAAGCAAAGCUGGACACCCAACUCCGGGAUAAAGAGUUCUACAGACCCACCCCCAGCCCCAACCCCAAGCUAGAAGAUGGAUACCCUGCCUUCAAAAGACCCCACAUGACGGCCAAGGACCUGGGGCAACCUGGCUUCUUCCCACCACAGGACCAUGUGGCCCCAGUGGAGGAUGAAUGUAGGUUCACCAGCGUCUGUCCAUCCGUGUACCCAGCUUCCCAUGCUCUGUACCUGGCCCACGGCGACCCGAACCGGAUUCGACAGGGUGCCGACUUCCCCUGUCUUCUGGAGCCUGAGCGCCAGCCUGCCCCAGACGUGGGCAAAGGCUACUUUCUACUGCCCGGCUGUGCCUGCCCUUCUCACUGUACAGUCAAGGUUCCCAUGUUGAACCGAUGGGGGCCCUUGAUGCCAUUUUACCAGUAGGUAGGCUGAGAACACCUUCUAAGGGCCCUGUGGAAAUUCCUCCCUCUCACAAGGAAAUCCCUUGGAGUAUGGAUCGGAGAACUAAAAAUAAAACUCUGGAAAGACAA